GAGUCACCUGAUUCUACAAACACCGUACACACGUGUAUUCUCGAUUGGGUUUCUCUCACAGCCAAACUCUCUCUCUAGACACAGUUUGCAUUUCCUCACACAACCGGAGAAUCUGAGAAGAGAAGACGAAGGAAGAUGACGGAGGCUAUGGUAAGGAAUAAGCCGGGGAUGGCGAGCGUGAAGGAGAUGCCAAUCCUCCAGGACGGUCCGCCGCCGGGCGGUUUUCCUCCGGUCCGGUUCGCUCGCCGGAUCCCUAAUACGGGUCCGAGUGCCGUCGCAAUUUUUCUCACUGCUUUUGGGGCUUUCACUUGGGGCAUGUACCAGGUCGGCAAAGGCAACAAAGUCCGAAGGGCACUGAAGGAAGAAAAAUAUUCUGCUCGCAGAGCUAUCCUGCCCUUAAUUCAAGCUGAAGAGGAUGAAAGAUUUGUCAAAGAAUGGAAGAAGUAUCUUGAGGAAGAGGCUAGAAUAAUGAAGGACGUGCCGGGUUGGAAAGUUGGUGAAAAUGUUUACCACUCUGGAAGAUGGAUGCCUCCUGCAACCGGUGAACUACGUCCUGAGGUCUGGUAGGACAUCGGUGGGUGUUUUUUGUCACUUCUUUUGGGGUGCAUUUUAAUUGUCAGGAGCUGGUGUUCCUCUCCAGGCUUCGUACCUUCAUCGGGCUUGUCUUUCUUCUAGGGGAAUAAGCAUGUACUGAAGGAUCUCUUUACAUGCAUUAAAGUUGUUUUAACAGUUUCUUGUUUUACUAGUUAUAUCAAAGUUUGGGACUUUGUGAGUUCCACCGUUUGUUUGUUGGAGAUGCGACUACUGGAUGAACCUUGCUGUAGGAUAUUAGUGGUGUCUCUGUUUUAUGUUGCUUCACUUUCUAGGCUUAUCGAAUCAUGCAAGUGCAUUUGAUGAAAAUGUGAUAAGCUUCAUCUAUUGUAUGGGGAUCUGAGGAUUUCUGUUUCUGUGGAUCUCUUUUUUAUUUUAUGAAUUUUUGUUUUUUUC